AUGAUGCUUGUCCUAUCUCUUCUUUCCAUAAUUGCCUUUACGGCAGCUGGCCCAGUGCCCUCUGUUGAUGAGAAUACUCAGGUACUUGAGCAUCGAGCUGUGACAGUCACGACGCAGGAUCUGUCAAACUUCAGGUUCUAUCUCCAGCAUGCUGAUGCUGCGUAUUGCAAUUUCAAUACAGCAGUUGGCAAACCAGUCCACUGCGGUGCUGGGAAUUGCCCUGAUAUUGAAAAGGACGCUGCUAUCGUUGUCAGUUCGGUAAUUGGUACGAAGACGGGCAUCGGUGCCUAUGUGGCAACUGACAACGCUCGUAAGGAGAUAGUUGUCUCUGUACGUGGCAGCAUCAACGUGCGAAACUGGAUCACAAACUUCAAUUUUGGUCAAAAGACCUGCGACCUUGUUGCUGGCUGUGGCGUUCACACCGGCUUCUUGGAUGCUUGGGAGGAGGUUGCAGCCAAUAUCAAAGCUGCUGUCUCCGCAGCGAAGACUGCAAACCCGACUUUCAAGUUCGUCGCUACCGGACACUCCCUCGGUGGUGCCGUCGCUACUGUUGCGGCUGCGUACCUGCGCAAAGACGGCUUUCCUUUUGACCUCUACACCUAUGGCUCUCCAAGAGUAGGCAACGACUUCUUCGCCAACUUCGUCACUCAACAGACGGGCGCUGAAUAUCGCGUCACACAUGGUGAUGACCCCGUCCCACGUCUUCCUCCUAUCGUCUUUGGAUACCGUCACACUAGCCCAGAAUAUUGGCUUGACGGUGGCCCACUUGAUAAGGACUACACCGUGACCGAGAUCAAGGUUUGUGAGGGCAUGGCGAACGUUAUGUGCAAUGGUGGCACGAUAGGUCUGGACAUUCUUGCGCACAUCACCUAUUUCCAGAGCAUGGCCACUUGUGCACCAAUCACGAUCCCAUGGAAGAGGGACAUAUCAGAUGAGGAGUUGGAAAAGAAGUUGACUCAGUAUAGCGAGAUGGAUCAGGAAUUUGUUGAGCAGAUGAUUUAG